AGUCGCUGGCCAGCAAUGACGACCAGCAGAUCAUCGGCGUCCGCGUCAUACAGUCGACCGGCUUUCUGGAAGGUGCCCGGUUACGACCUGCCCUCCUCCUACCGCCCACAACCAGCCCCUCGGGCGCCUGUGGUGCCGCUGCCACCCCCCUGCCGACGGCGCAGCAGCAGCGGGCUGAAGAAGCGCGUCCAUUUCGCCGACGAACCGAAUGUGGGGGUGCAAGUGGGCAGCCCAUCGCAUGGCGAGCUGCUGCGCGGCGAUAUCAUCUCGAAGAUCGGCGAGUACGAUGCACGCGACCUGAGUCACGCGGAUGCUCAGCAGCUGUUCCGCGGCGCUGGCAACGAGAUCCGCCUGGUGGUGCACAGGGACAACAAAAUCGCCUACACGCAGGGGGGAACUCAGGAGGCGGGUCCUGGAUCGCGCAGCAACUCCACUUUGCCGCCGGUCACUCCGGACCUGUUGCCCCACCGUGGCCCCUCGCCCUUUUUGCCCGGACCCAGCCACUUUGAGAGGGCCUUGCAGUUGCCAGUGGACACUCUGCCGCAGACCGUGUUUCCCCAGUUGAAUUCCUCCGGUGGCUACGAGGUGCCUUCGACUGUGUUCUCGCCCAAGCCGACUAGGGAUCAUCAGCAGGAUGUCGAUGAGGAGCAGGCCGCCAUUGUAAACCAGCCCUACCGAACAACUCCGCUGGUCCUGCCGGGCGCCAAAGUGAAGAAGGAUGCGCCCACGACAGAGUCCUACUUGAGGCACUACCCCAACCCGGCUGUGCGCGCCCACCCAGGACACGACUACCAUGACAGUAUCAUGAAGCAGCGCGUGGCCGACACCAUGCUGCACAAGGUCGUCGGUUCGGAGGCCGACACUGGCCGCGUCUUCCACAAGCAAUUCAACUCGCCCAUCGGCCUGUACUCCAACAACAACAUCGAGGACACCAUCAGAUCCACAGUUCCCUUCGCCACAAGCGAAAGCAAUCGCUUGAAGGACAGUCCUUUGCAUCGUCCUUUGCCAUCGAAACUUAACGGCUAUAAGCAAACUGUCCAGUACGAUCCCAGGAACAGCGAUACCUACAGAGCCAUUCAAGAAGAGGGCGGCUACAGCAACUAUGGCCAGUCCUCGCCACAGGAAGUAACCAUUCCUGUGCAGACUAGGGUCUAUCAGCCCAAUAGAUUGGUUCCAGGAAAGAAACCAGUAUCAGCGCCAGUAUCCCGGCCGCCGUACAAUGUGGUAAACACCCACGACGAGAACAUACGCCAGAGCGGCUCCUUCAAUCGUCUCAUGUACAGCGUUAUUGGUGCCACCGAGUACUAGAAACUGCAGCAGCAACACCAGCGACAGCAGCAACAUCAUCAGCAACAGCAACACCAACAGCAACAUAUGCUGCACGUUGGCACCGACAGUUGUUUAUCUCCUAACAUAUUUAGCGGAUUUUUAUGAAAUUCUGUUUAACUUACUCAAUAAAUUAUAUGAAGAACGAGAAGAAAUUGUGAACCACUAACAAGCUUAAUGAUAAAUUGGUUUGGUAAACGAUUGGCAGCGAAAUAAACUUAUGAUAUGUCUACAAUUUAAACCCAAAUUAACUCCGCCUCAACCAAUUUACUGUCUCCGUAUGCAAUAGAAAAUCUAUAUAAAUUAAUUAAAUAAAAAGAAACGUAAACUAAA